CCCUCUCCAUCUUCUCCCUACCUGGCUCCUUCCUUGUCUCUGUCUUCUUCUGCGUCCUUGCUGUGGUGUCCCCACCCUGGCUCCUUCCCCCAGCGAGCGGCUCGCUUUCCUUUCCAGGCUUGCGCUCUGCAGCCGCGGGAGCCGGCCGCGCGGAGUCGGAGGAACUGGUGCUGAGGCAGCGGUUCGCGCGGGAUCCGGACUCGGGGACCCAGGCCCGCGAGGAGCUGGGACAGGGGGCCGCGCUCGCCCGCCGGGCGCCCUCCUGCUCGUGAUGGGCUGCUCCAGCAGUGCCCUCAACAAGGCCGGCGACGGCAGCAGGCCCCGCAGCGAAGAAAGUGAGUCCUGCUUUGUCCAACCAAAACCACGUACACUGGGAAGAGAAUCUACUUUAUAUGGCAAGGUACAAAAGGAAAGCCUUCCUCGACUAGAAAAGCUCAAGAUUUCAGCCGUGUCUACAGCUAAUGGUGUUAAAUCCCUCCAUGAACAGCCCCUGGCAAAGGAUGCUGCAGACCCACCAGGAUCCACAGAGGAAACUCAGCCUCUCAAGGGACUAAAGGAGUCUGGGUCACCUCAGCCAGAUGGCAAAGAUGAUACUCCAGGAGCAGGAGAAAAGAAGAAGGACGUGGAAGCAGUGACAGAGGCUCAGCCUUUUAAAGGAAACGCUGAGACCGAACCUUUAGGAGCAGAAGCCAAGAGUCAACCUUGGGGGACAGAGGGAGAGAGGGACUCCCCUGGAGCAGUGGAAGGUACUGAGAAUCCACAAGCUGCCGGAGAGAUGACACCUCUAGGAACAGCUGAGAAAAUUCCACCUCUGGAGGCAGCUAGAGAGCCACAAUCUCAAGAAGCUAUGGGAAGGGAUGAACAGUCCCAACUCCCAGAAACAGUUCCCAAGGAGAUGGAAUCUCCAGAAAUAUUGGAAGGAAGUCAGCUUGUGGAAACAGCUGAAAAGCAGCAACUUCAAGAGACAUUGGGAGAUGAGCAGUGCCAACUUCUAGAGAUGAUCCGCAGAGAGAAUGGAACACCAGAAGUAUCAGACAGAAGUCAGCUUAUGGAAACAGCUGUCAAGGGUGAUUCGCUCCAUAAAACUACUGAAGGUCCAGGAAACAUGGAGCAGAUCCAACCUGAAAGAAUAGUUGGAAACAUGGAACAUGCAGCAGGAAUUCUAGAGACAGGGGCAAAUGUGGAAACGGUCAGGAAUAUUCAUGCUAACGAAGAGGACCAACACGUUGAAGGUGAAACAGGAGAAAAGGUUGAAACAGAGAUGGAGAAUGAGAAAGUAAGUGAAGGGGCUGAAACAAAAGAGGAAGAAACAGGAGAAGCUGUGGGUCUUUCAGCAGCCACGUAGAUAGGUAUGGUGAUGGAAGGGUGAACGGACACAGCGUAUUAUAACAGAGAAGACAGAAAGCGGCAGUGAAAUUUGUGGUUACAGAUCUUAUCUUUCAACAUCUACAUGUUUUAUACAAGGAGUGUGGUUAUCAUGUUAUUGAUUACAUUGUUCCAUAAAACUGCUAAGCUGUGAACAGUUUUUCUAGCUACUUACAAUUCAAAACUACAAAAAAAAAAAAACAGAAAAAGAAAACUACAAUAGCCAGAGCCAAUACCAACUAGGGUAUAUGUUCGUGUAAGAGUGUGAGGGUGUUUUCUUCACUGUGGCAAUGGGUCUAUGGAGUAGAAAAUGAGACCCUAAAAGAAAGUAUAAACCUUUAAGUAUAGGUGGCUGGAGAAAGGAGUUAGCAGAUUUUAGGGAGCUCAUGAUAAUAAAGUCAUACAGUUGGAAUUAGGAUGGAGUAAGAAUGAUCAACAAUAACUGGGCAAACUAUACCUAGUAUUUCUUUCCUAUCACAGAAUUUAGAGCUGGUGGGAACCUGGGAAAGUAUGUCAUCUAAUUACCUUCUCACCUUAAGUCUAGCUACUACCAUACAUCCUUAUUGAUCAUGGUGUAUUAAAUAUGGUAACAAAAUUCUUCUUAAAGGAACGCAGACUCUGGCGCUGUUAUAAGAUUAGGCGUUUUCACAAUGAAAGGUUAGACAUGUUUUAUGUGCCAUUUUGAAUCAUCUAGUGAUUUUAUACUUAUGUGAGGUAUUUCAAUUGGUGUUAUCCUUUUGACUGACAUUAAAGGUAUUUUAAAUUAACUGACUUUUAAAUAUAUUUUAGAGGCAACAAACAGCAAGAAUUAAAACAGACUUGUUGCCUAUGUGGAGUCUAUUCCUUGGGCCCUAUUUUUUGUUUUUUUUAAGAUUACUCUGAUUUAAUAUUAGGCUUUAGAUGUGGAAAAGAGCUGAAAAAUCAAGAUUUAAAAACCAUUUAUAAUAUUUCAUUCGUGUUAAAAUGAUACACCACAGAAAGUCACUUUUCAAGUAUUCCUCCAAAAUUGCCAAGGGAUUUUGGUAAAUGAUGAUAUGUGAAUAAUAAUAAUGAUAGCAAUCUUGCCCACCAAUGAGUGCCUUGUGUUUAUGAAUAUCAGGAUAGAAUUAUAUUCUGGAAACAUUUUGUAUCUUUAUCUUAUUUGUAAAUAUGUAGUUUAAAGAUAACUGCUCAGAUGAAUUAACUAGACUAUUUUACUUUAGCUUCUAUAUUAAACUGACUAUUAAGAUGAUGUAAUUAAUUUUAAGAAUAUAGGAUAGAGGGAAGAAUUAUCAUCCUUAGUCUGAUUUUAAUGUUAGUUUAUGUUUCUGAGUUUAAAGAGUUGAGGUAGCCAACAAGAGGAGUUACCUGAGUAGAUGACUUCAUCCUUCCUGCAAAGUAAAGAAGCUGGGUUGUGAUUUUAUUGAGAACAAGGAUUGUUUUAUGUGUCUUUGAAUUCAUGCACUUAGCUCUUUUAAUGGGACAUGAUAGGUGCUUGAUAAGUAUUUGUCAAAUCAAUAAAUGAAUAAUAAAUACCAAGUGUUCCCAUUUACACUUAAUUCAUUAAAAAAGAAUAUAGAAUUCUUUAUAUAUUGAAUUCGAAAUAUGAAUUUGUGUGACAAUAACGUUUUCAUUCCAAAGCUGCUCAAGCUUAGUAAGACUAUAUAUCUGGUAUAGUUCCAAAAAUAGUAAUAAUUUGGGGUCAGAAAGUUACAUAACUCAGAACUGAUAUUGCAUCUUUCAAGCUACAUUUUGUAAUCCAAAGGUGUUUUUCCUGACCCAAAGGUAUUUUUAUAUAGAUAUCUAGUAAAUAGAAAAUGUCAGAGCUUAGUGUAAAAUAUGAUCACCUUAAAAAGUGAUUGUACUUUGUAUCAAGUACUGAAAUAGUAGGAUUCAUUUACUUAAUAGGCAUAAAGGUCCAUUCUCCAUUGUGUGGAUUUUAAAAAAAUCUCUAACAUAUGUUAAAGAGAUCCCUAUUCAGAUCUCACUCUUGAAAGAAGUCUUUCUCAAAAACAUUAUUAUAUAGUUGUAAUGUAAAAGUUUUCAAAUUACUUAUGAAUACCAUUAUUUUCCAUAAUAACUAAAAUCAUUUAUUCUCAGAAAAAUUUGGAAAUCUCAGAAAUAUAAAUUUCUGAUACUUUCUACACUUUUGUCUUUGGCCUUUACUGUGGUUACUAAGACAUUUUUAGAAAUUAUUCUUUUAGAUAAUAUUAAUAACUUUGUAGUUCAAAACCUAUAAAGAAAAUUGAAAUGUUCCAUAAUAUUUGAAUAUUCCAAAAUUCAAACGUUUCAUCUAAAUAAUCUGCUAAUUUAUUUUUUUUAAACAAAAUUAAAGUAAUAAGUGCCUGUAGUAAAACUCAAAUAAUAAAGAAAGGUACAAAAUGGGAAGUAAAGUUGUUCCUCCCAUAUCCUUUAGUCCCUCUAUGAAAAGAUGAUAAAGCUUCUUGUGUUUACUUCCAUAAGAAGGUAAUGUAGGGACUUCCCUGGUGGUCCAGUGGUUAAGACUGCACACUCCCAAUGCAGGGGGCCUGGGUUCGAUCCCUGGUCAGGGAAGUAGAUCCCACAUGCAUGCCGCAACUAAGAGUCCACCUGCCACAACUAAGAGCCUGUAUACCUCAGCUAAAAGAGCCCUCAUGCUGCAACUAAGACCCAGAACAGCCAAAUAAAUAAAUAAAUAAAAUUUUUAAAAGGGUAAUGUAUAAGCCAGGCUAUGUGGAUAUGCUAAAACAGAAGUGUAUGCUCACACAUCCACAUUUUAAAACAUAAAUGAUGGGCUUCCCUCGUGGCGUAGUUGUUAAGAAUCUGCCUGCCCAUGCAGGGGACACGGGUUCGAGCCCUGGUUUAGGAAGAUCCCACAUGCCGCGGAGCAGCUAAGCCCAUGCACCACGACUACUGAAGCCCGCGUGCCACAACUGCUGAAGCCUGCGCGCCUAGAGUCCAUGCCCCACAACAAGAGAAGCCACCACAGUGAGAAGCCUGCACACUGCAACGACGAGUAACCCCUGCUGGCCGCAACUAGAGAAAACUCCCACUCAGCAACAAGACCCAACGCAGCCAUAAAUUAAUUAAUUAAUUAAGAAAAAUACCCACGAAUCACUAUUUUGUCCUUACAUUGUGAAAAAGUGCACGUAAAACCACGAAUCCAUCCUUUGCUCUGCUAGAAUUGUUUUCUUUUGCCUAAAACUGGUAUAUAGACUUAGCAUAGCAAAGUGCAUUCUAAGUCCCCAGACUCUGAGAGGAGUUUAUCAAUUUGGCUUCCAGAUUCAAAAUGCACAAGUUGGAUAAGGCGUGAGCUAUUUAUAAUGAAUUAAUAGAAAAACUACCAUCAGGGCUGGAUUUUCCACUGGAUUUUCUAAUUCCAGUGGCCGUACAACCACUUUGUAACCCAGUUUUGUGAUCUAUUAAGAUGACUGCAGAAUUCUCUGUUAUCUAGCUGGGAAGGAAAUGGUGAACAAACGAUUCACCAGCUGGUAUCCCCAUUAGGGAGUGAAUGUUGGCGUUUACUGACAGAGGGUGCCAGGUGCAAAUCAAGGAAACUCCCAAUCCAGACUCCAAAACUCUUGGCCAGAUGUGCUCUGUACCAUCUCCUGAUGUCAAACAGG